UCCGUAAAUGGGUCGACAUGAGUGUGAUUCAUCAUGUGGCUCAAGAGAAGGAGUCCUAUAAGUUGUGGACUAAGCUUGAAGAGCUGUUUGAAAGAAAGAAUGCCUUGAAGAAAGCUUCCUUCAUUAGAAAACUAGUCAAUCUCAAGUACAAGGAGGGCAAGAAUGUGUAUGAGCACUUGAAUAAUUUUCAAGAAAUUUUUAAUGAACUAGUUAUAGUGAAGUUGGCCAUUGAUGAUGAGGUACAAGCAUUGAUUUUAUUGAGCUCUCUUUCGGAUAAUUGGGAGACUUUGGUGGUAACUUUAAGCAACUCAACAAGAGAUGGGGAGAUGACUUUGCAGCUGGUUAAGGACAACAUAUUGAGUGAGGAAUCCAGAAGAAAAGAGCAAGGAAUUAUGAGUUUUGAGUCUGAAGCACUGGUUACUGAGUAUAGAGGGAGGAGUAAGCAAAGGUAUAUUCGAAGAGACAAUGAUAGACAAUCUCAAGAGAGGUGCAGCAAGGGGAAGUCCAGAGGUAGAUCAAAAUCCAAGAGCAGAGUGACUUGUUACACUUGUGGAAAGCAAGGUCAUUAUCAAAAGGAUUGUUGGCACAAUAGAGAUAAAAAUGUUAGGAAGAGGGCUGAUACUCAUGAAGAGAAGGAGGCCAAGGAAAACACUGCUGCAAUUACUUCUGAUGGUGAGGUAUACUUACUAUGUGAGAAUGAUAACAUUGAUGUUGCUCAUCAUGAUUCUACAUGGGUUGUUGAUACUGCUGCUUCUUAUCAUGUCACACUAAAUAGAGACUGGUUUAGCUUAUAUAAAGAAGGUGAUUUUGGCUAUCUGAAGAUGGGAAAUAGAUCUGAAGCCAAGAUUGUGGGUGUUGGUGACGUUUGGCUUGAAACAAACAGCAGGUCCAAGCUGCACUUGAAAAAUGUGAGACAUGUUCCUGAAAUACGUUUCAAUUUGAUGUCUAUGGGUAUCCUAGAUGAUGAUGGCUACCUUAAUUAUUUUGAAGCUGAUGCUACUGAGUUAUGGCACAAGAGGCUUGGGCACUUGAGUGAGAAGGGACUUCAAAUCCUUAGCAAAAAGGAACUCCUACCCGGCUUUAUAGGUAAUCUUUCUAAAACCUGUGCUGAUUGUUUAGCUGGCAAGCAUCAUAAAGUUUCUUUUCACACUUUACCCCUGUCUAGAAGAAAAUAUGCACUUGAUUUGGUUCAUACUGAUGUUUGCUUCAUGAAAGAUAAAAGUUUAGGUGGUGCUACAUAUUUUGUGACUUUUGUGGAUGAUUUUUCUAGAAAAUUGUGGGCUUAUCCCUUGUCUAGUAAAGAUCAGGUGCUGGAAAAAUUUAAAGAAUUUCAGGCAAUGACAGAAAGAGAAAUUGGGAGGAAAUUAAAGUGCAUCAGGUUUGAUAAUGGUGGUGAAUACAGUGGACAGUUUGAGCGCUAUUGUAGAGAACAGGGAAUUAAGCUCGAGAAGACCACUCCUAGAACUCCACAACAUAAUGGAGUUGUUGAAAGGAUGAACAGAACAAUAUGUGACAGAAUUGUCUGUAUGCUCUCUCAUGCUAAGUUGUCAAAGUCUUUUUGGGGUGAGGCUUUGAAGACUGCAGUAUACUUGAUCAAUCGAUUCCCUUCUGUUGUUCUAAAUGGUGAUGUUUCGGAGCAGGAGAGAGCAAAGCUUGAUGCAAAGACAAAACAGUGUGUGUUCUUGGGAUAUGGUGAUGAGGAGUAUGGCUACAGAUUAUGGGACUUGAAAAAUAGAAAAUUAAUGAGAACCAGAGAUGUGGUGUUCAUUGAGAAUGAGAUGGUUGAAUACUCAAAGAAGCAAGAUGACAAUGAGCACACUCAAGAAAUACCAGACAGUGAUUAUUGUACUCCUUCAACACCCAAACCAAGUGUUAUAAAUGAUGAUCACAGUGAAGUAGAUGAGCAUCAAGUUCAAGAGCCUUUCUCCACUGAUGAGUAUGUGCUCUUGACUGGCGGGGGAGAGCUAGAAACUUAUUAUGAAGCUAUGGAGAGUGAAAACAAGAAGGAAGGGUUGAUGGCAAUGCAAGAAGAAAUGAGUUCUUUGCAAGAGAAUGGGACUUAUGAGCUGGUAGAGCUUCCAAAGGACAAAAAGGCUCUUAACAACAAGUGGGUUUUUAGAGUAAAGUCUAAAGUGAACAAUCCCAAUCCAAGGUUCAAAGCUAGAUUAGUGGUGAAGGGCUUUAGACAACAAAAAGGCAUUGAUAAUGAUGAGAUUUUCUCACCAGUAGUAAAAAUGCCAUCUAUUCGAGUUAUUUUGGCUUUGGCAGCUAGCUUGAAUUUAGAAAUUGAACAGCUGGAUGUUAAGACAGCUUUUCUCCAUGGUGAUCUUGAGGAGGAGAUUUAUAUGAAGCAACCAGAGGGUUUUGAGGUGCAAGGCAAGAAGAAUCUAGUUUUUAAAUUGAAGAAAAGUUUGUAUGGUCUCAAACAAGCUCCGAGGCAAUGGUACCAUAAGUUUGACUCUUUUAUGGGGGAGCAUAAAUUCACUAGAACAGAAUCUGAUCAUUGUGUUUAUGUUAAGAGGUAUCCAGAUGGUGAUUUCUUGAUACUUUUGCUUUAUGUGGAUGACAUGUUGAUUGUUGGUCAUGACAUAAAGAAAAUUGCAACCUUGAAGACUAACUUGAGCAAGUCCUUUUCUAUGAAGGAUUUGGGUCCAGCAAAGCAAAUUCUUGGAUUGAAAAUUUUUCGAGAUAGAAAGAACAAGAAGUUGUGGUUGUCACAAGAAAAAUAUAUUGAAAAGGUGCUUAACAGGUUCAACAUGAGCAAAGCAAAACCUGUGGGCACUCGACUUGCUGGCCAUUUCAAACUUAGCAUAGAGCAGUGUCCUGCAAGCAAGGAGGAAGCAGAAUACAUGAAGAAUGUGCCCUAUGCUUCUGCAGUUGGUAGUCUAAUGUAUGCUAUGGUAUGCACAAGGCCAGAUAUAGCUCACGCAGUGGGGGUACAUGAAUCUUUACUUAAUGGCUAUAGUGAUGCUGAUUUUGGUGGAGAUUUGGACUCUAGAAAGUCCACUUCAGGAUACUUUAUGCUUUAUGUAGGGGGAGCAAUUUCAUGGAAGUCAAGACUACAAAAAAGUGUUUCAUUAUCCACUAUAGAAGCUGAGUAUAUAGCUCUUUCUGAAGUAGGAAAGGAGAUUGUAUGGAUGAAGACGUUUUUUGAAGAAUUGGGUCUUAAGCAAGAGAGAUUUGUGCUAUUUUGUGAUAAUCAAAAUGCAAUUUACUUGGGCAAGAACCCACAGUUCCAUUCUAGAACCAAGCAUGUUGAUUUGAGGUAUCAUUGGAUACGUGAUGCAAUUGAAGAAAAGGUGCUUGAUGUUGAGAAAGUUCACACGGAUGACAAUAGUUCUGAUAUGAUGACUAAGUCCUUGGUGAGAAGCAAAUUUGAGUUUUGCAUGUCACAAGCUAGCUUGGUGGAGCCCCCCAACUAGCUCGGGCAGGGGAGAUUGUUGAGUUAGCCCUCCCAAGUUGGGUGGCUCAACAAUGUAGGUGCACCAUGAGUGCAUAGUGAAUGGCAGAAAACUUGGGAAGUUUGUGUUUUGAAGUUGCACAGUGUUUUCGACACGGACUUUUCUUAUUGUUGAAGAAAUGGGAAAAGCAAAG